AAACAGACAAACAAAUGCUCUACACUCAGGUCCACCUGCCCGACUGAUGGUCAAGCCGGACGCAGAGGUGACCUUGGAGAACGGUUCCUCGCCCUCCUUCUUUGUGGAGGUUCACGACCCUGCUGGGAACGUCACGUGUGGUGCAGCCAAGAUGAAUGUCUUUUGUAAGUUUGCCGGCGGCGGGGGGCUGCCCAACUACUCGUGCGACUGCUCUGCCAGUGGCUCGGCCACACUGACCGGUCCGCCCCUGAUAGUCAAGAAGAUGGCCGGGGAGCUGCAGCUGACCGCCCGGAUAGAGAUUGUGGGCAUGAAGACAGUCAAGCCAGUGGAGAGGGUGGUCUGGCUCAAGCCCAGCGGCCGUGUCUCCCAGCUUCAGCUCUUCUGCUCACUCAACGGCAAAGAGACGGAGAUAAAAUCUGGGCAGGCUCUGGAGAUGGAGGCGGGAUCUGUGCUGGAGAAUAUCAGUGAGUUGAAACUUUUAUCGGAUUUUAACUCUUUAAACCCUGAGUUUUUUCCAUGGUUUCCCAGAGAUUGUUCUAGUCAGUAA